CUGAAAUGGGACAAACGUACUAAUAACCUCUAAUUAAAGGUCUAGUUAGAAAUAUUUGGCGUUACAACAGCCGUCUAAUUUAGUAUUUAUACACUCAAUUACAUCUACACUCUCCCGACCAACUUACCCCACCAAUAAUAAUUCUUCCACUUCCAGAAACCAUGGCCGCCGUUCGACCACCACCCAUCACCACCUUCACCGUCGCCGUCGCCUUCCUCUCAUUUCUCUUCUUACUGGAGGUGUCCGCCGCCCACACUCCAUCAACUUUAAGCCCGACUGAAAUCCUAGCUGCCGUUUCAUCCAUGCCGUUAACGUCUAACAACUCUACAUUAAUAUUAUCAUCAUCCAACAGUGUGGAAGAGACGGACGAGCUUGACUCGGCGUCGUCGGUGAUAGGGAUUGGGUUACCGCAUUACCACCACCGUAACGAUGAUGAUGAUGAUGAUGAAGGGUUUUCCAAAUACUCCUUGAAACGCGGUUAUAAGUUCUUGGAGGAGAAUAAGGUCAUGAAGAAACAUUUGAGCCCUAAAGAUAAAGAUGAUGACGGCGACGAUGACGAUGACGAUAAUGACGACAAUGAUGAUGAUAGGGAUGACGGCGACGACAAUGGUUGCGGCGAUGACGAUGAAGAGCAGGAGGAGGAGAAGAAGGAAAAGAAGAAGCUUGCUCGCAAGUUUGGGCCUUAAGCUUCUGGAGUUCAUUGAGAUCCACGUUUUCUAAUAAGUUUUAUUUCUGAUUUUUGUUUCAUCAUGUUUUUGGUUGUGUUGUAUGAUUCUCGAUCGUUUCAUAUUUUCUUGGUUUAACUUUGAUUUACGCACGUGUGUUUGUAUCUGUUAAUUAUCUUAGGCAGUUCAGCUUUUUGUUAUGUACCAAUAAAAUAAAAUGUGUCUUUUGCUAAUUAAAAUGUAUAACUAUCUGAGUGGAUGGAAAAUUUGCCUCUGUUAUUGGAAAUGAUGAUCAUACAUCUUCAAUGUGUAGGGCUAUAAUUAUAAGUUGAACAAUGGGAUUAUUAUGUUGUUUCGAUUGACUAUAAUGUGUAGAGUUGAAGCUUGACGUGUUAAUUGGAAAUCAG